GAAGUCAGUGACUUAUGUCAGUAGCAUAGUAGUUCAGGAGGGCUAAUCCUCCUGUAUCCUCAGACCUCACGCCCACUGCUCUUAAUCACCAACAGGUUGGGAGAGGCAGCAACAACACACACGACAUCAGUAACCCAGGCCUGAGAGAGGAAGAAGCACUACAGAGAAGAGGGACUGCUCACAGAAACAAGUACAGUGACCAGAAGAGCAGCAGGAGGAUGUCCUGUUUGGAUGAGGUUCCUUUUAAGACCCUUCUGGGAUCUCUGGAGGGACCCAGGGAAGAGGUGGAGCUGAUUGCUGCCCCAGACAUCACUGUCCCAGACUAUCUCACCAUACUGCAGGAGACAGAGUACAUGUUCAGCUUGGAGAACUGGGUGCUCCAGGGCCUCCAGGGAGGUUACCCCAGCCAGCCCCAACCCUCCGGCCCCAGAUCCCCAUCCGAGGUGCUCCCCUCCAGCCCACCCUACUGGCAUCUCUUCAGCAGCCCCCAGGAGAGCCGCCUGGCCAGCCGACACAGCUCUGACUUCUGGGAGCCCAACCCCCGCCAGCGCUCCCACAGCCUGAACCAGGUUGACAUGCGCACCCGGGUUAAGUUCGUCAUCUCCGACUCCGAGGAGGAAGAGGAGUGCUCUUCGUCUGGUUCAGGGUACAGGUCGGAUCAGCGUGUUCCUGGGGUGAGGAACCCACGGCAGACCUGCACCCCUAACGUCCUGAACCUACCUGUCUCUCAGAGUGGUCUGGUGACCAACCAGCGUAGGAAGAACCUCCGCCAGUACUCGCUGUCUGUUCUGGAGACCCCCAGAGAGUGUAUCCAGGGGACCCCCUGCCCCCCUGGAGGACCCAAGCCACCGUCCUCCUCAUCCCUACCCAGACACCCAUUGACCAGGGCCAACACAGAGAUUAUCCCCUCCAUCAGACACCACAAGCCAACACAUCCGUCCCUGAGUCCGUACUUCUGCCUGCCGGCCCUUCCCUCUGUGACCUCACGACCCCUGGGUUCCCACGCCGCGUCAGUACUGGACUCCUCGGUGGAGCUGCUGUCCGCGCUGAGCCCCGAAGAGAGAGAGCUGCUGCAAGCCAUCACUGAAAGGGGCUAUCCGCUCCACACCGCCAUCAUCGCCCUACAGAAGACCGGCCAGCAGAGCCUAGAACAGAUCCUGCGCUAUCUGGUGGCCUGUGACAGACUGUGUGAGCGGGGCUACGACGAGGCUCAGGUGGAAGAGGCUCUGGAGAUGUUUCAGAACUGUGAGACUAAGGCUGAGGAGUUUCUUCACCUGCUGGCUCAGUUCAAUGAGAUGGGCUUCCAGCAGAACGCUAUCAAAGAGGUUCUGUUAGUCCACGAGAACCAUCGCGAGAGGGCCCUGGAAGAGCUGAUGAUGCGUGUGGCAUGACAGGGUCAAUGUCUGCUCCCAUG